AUGUACGGUAGUAUCAUUGAAGACGGAUUGAACCAAUUGAUUAAGCAAUUGGAUGGGAAGUUUCAGCCUCAUUCCAUUCAUGGAGCUUUCCAACAACCGUUAAAGUCUGUUGAAUGGGAAAUUGAUAAUAUAAGUGAUGGAAAUAAUUUUGUCAAUAGAUCGUUGAUAGGUUCAAAUGAUGGGAUUAAUACUGUAUUCUUGAACUUUUCAUUCACAGCAAAGAAUUCGUUCCAAAAACUGAUGGAAAGGUAUGAAACAUAUCAAAAAUUGAUAGCUGAAAGAAGAAAAGUCGGUAAGACUGAAGAAGAUGAUGACGAUGAUGAUAUUAGACGAGUUGAAGUUCCUUUUAAGUUCCAGGUUCCAUUCCCCAAAGUUGAUGAUAUUGAUAAGACCCUGGUCAUCAAGUAUGGCAUUGAUUUCAAAGGUAAUUUGGAUAUUGAUUUGACGAAAGAUAUCUACAAUAACCCCAUAAUCUUCUUCUGUAAAUUAGAAAAGAUUCCUGAUAACAAAUUUUCAACAAUUUGUAGAUUGUCUGAUUGUUUGAACUCACUCAACUUCAUUCAACCUUGUGAUUUCCAAGUCCAAGAGAGAAUUAUUUAUUUCCAUGAUGAUGAUUUCAAUGAAAAAGAUUUUGUUACGGUUCAAAUGAAAGUCUUAUCUAUUGUUGAUGAUAUAUUGUUGAUAGAAUUGGAAUUGUUCUCCGUCAAUGGGGUACAAUUUUCCACUAUCUAUCAAGAGAGUUUAAUCAUACCUAAAACUACAUCCCAUCUAUAA